AUGUCGGAUACUUAUUGUAACCAGCCCGGUCAGCGUACUUCGUGCAACUCGCGGGGUCACCGGGGUCAGCGGGCUCAGCAGCCUUCACAGGCACAGCAGCCCCCGCAGGCUCCUCCGGCUCAGCAGCCUCCCCAAGCGCAGCAGGCUCAGCAGGUGCAAGCCGCGGCAGAGGACGAAGACGAGGACGAGGAGGCCGACCCAAAUGGGCAGGUGGCUCAGGGAACUCUGCAGGCCCAAGGCGGGCCAAAUGCGCCGCACGCAGGCAAUGCGGCGAGUGCUGUGCUUCCGCCAAAUACACCAAACCUGUCGGCUCCGCCGAACACGCCGAGCGUAGUACUUGUGAACGGGGUAAACGGGGCAGCCCCAGUAACCGGAAUGAACCAUAUUAACGGGGUGAAUCCAGUAGCCAGGGCAGCGCCCCAAGUGAACGGGGUUGUCCAUGGAAACGGCGUAAAUCCAGUAGCUAGCGCCAACCCCCCAGCAAACGGGGCUAACCUUGUUAGCGGGGUAAAUCCAGUAGCUAGGGCCAACCCCCAAGUGAACGGGGUUGUCCCGGCAGACCGGGCAAACCCCAGGCCCCCCGGGCUUGUCGCCGUAGGCGGGGCAAACGCGAUGAACAGUGGAGUCGACGCCCAAGGUGGUACACAAGUACGAGGUCCGUUCCAGCGGGUCGGACACCCGGACUACCACAUCCGCUACAUUCUGCUCAACGCGACCACGGCCUGGACGGCCAUCCGCUGGCUGGCCCCGGGCCCCGUCGACUGGCACGGGGCGCCGGUGCAUGCAUUGAAUCUGGAGUUCCAGUUGGUGCGGCAACGGUUCCCCGACGCAGUGACGCUGCAUGGCAGCAUCACGCAGUCGCCCACAAUACGUCUAUUCCGCGAGGCGCGGCCCUGGGCCGCCGGCGUCGAAGCCCCGAUCCGCGAUACCCGGGUGGUGGCCGAGAGUAGGGACCUGGACUUGAUGGAUCCCGCCCAUACCCGCCUGAUCCUUGAUUGGAAGCGUGCCAUCCCCACUAAUCCGCCGAGCAAUCGGUGA